AUGGAUUUCUUCAAGUCCGUCUUCACCGAUGAAUCCAGGGAACCCUCUGACUCCGAUGAGCCCCAAAACGAUAACACUCCCGCCUACCACAAGGAUCUCGACGAGUUUGGCACCUCUGUAUGCAGUCCUCCCCACGCCACCAAUGGCAGCUAUACGAAGACGACGCCCACUCGCGUCUCUUUCGUUUACAGUCCUCCCCUCACCUCUGACGGCGGCUGCACGAAGACGGCUCCUACUCGCGUCUCUUUCAUUUGCCAUCCUCCACUCACCUCCGACGGCGGCUGCACGAAGACGGCGCCUACUCGCGUCUCUUUCGUUUGCAGUCCUCCCCUCACCUCUGACGGCGGCUGCACGAAGUCGGCACCCACUCGCGUCUCUUUCACCAAAACCCUCUCUGUUAGGGUUUCUUACCGUCAGUAUGAAACUUACGAGCUUUCUCAUCAAAUUGAUCUAUCGCAAGUUCUGCCUGAACACUUAAAUUUCGGUUUCUCCGCAUCCACUGGUGAUAGAACGGCGACGCACGACAUCCUUUCUUGGGAGUUUAGCUCGACAAACUUUUCAUUAAUCGCGCAAGAUCUUCCGAAAGAGGGUGGUGGAGUGGAUCGAGUCCUCCUGGUGGCUUGUGUAAUUGGUGGGUCUUUUCUAAUAUUUCUUGGUGUUGCGUUGUUGUGUGGCUUUCGUUAUUGUAAGAAGAGAACUAGAUUCGACGCGUCAAAUAUGGAUCGUGAAUUUGAGCAUUAUAUGGGGCCUAAGAAGUUCUCUUAUAAAGAAUUGGUUAAGGCCACAAACAAGUUUGCUGAAGAAGGUAAACUCGGUGAAGGAGGAUUUGGGGAAGUUUACAAAGGCUACUUGAGUUACUUGAAUCUAACCGUGGCAGUUAAAAGAGGUUCUAUGCGAUCCAAACAAGGAAGAAAAGAGUACAUGUCCGAGGUUAAAAUAAUUAGUAGACUCAGACACAGAAAUCUAGUGCAACUAAUUGGUUGGUGUCAUGAGAUCAGCAAAGAGUUCCUUCUUGUCUACGAGUUGCUCCCAAAUGGUAGCCUUGAUUCUCACUUGUUUGGAAGAAAUAGAAGCAUUCUUUCGUGGGAAGUGAGGCAGAAAAUUGUUCUUGGACUUGCCUCUGCACUUCUCUACUUGCAUGAAGAAUCAGAACAAUGUGUCCUUCAUAGGGAUAUCAAAUCGAGCAACAUAAUGUUGGAUUCAAAUUUCAACGCCAAGCUUGGGGAUUUCGGCUUAGCAAGGCUAGUGGACGAAGCCACUGGUCCCCGGACAACGGGGUUGGCCGGAACAUGGGGCUACAUGGCACCGGAGUACAUAAACACGAGCAAGGCGAGCAACGCGUCGGACGUGUACAGCUUUGGGGUGGUGGCGUUAGAAAUAGCAUGUGGGAGAAAAUCCAUUGAACGCAAUUCGGAAGAGGAGGAUAGGGUUUCUCUUGUUUCUUGGGUUUGGGCCUUUUACGGAAGUGGAAGGCUUCUUGAUGUGGUUGAUGAGAGGUUAUGCAUGGAAUUUGACGUGAAACAGAUGGAGUGUUUGCUGACCGUUGGAUUGUGGUGCGUUCAUCCGGACCAUAAUCUAAGACCGUCCAUAAAGGAAGUCAUACAAGUCCUUAGUUUUGAAGCGCCAUUGCCCGAUCUUCCCAAAAACAUGCCUGUUCCCAACUAUCAUGCACCUGAGAACGCUACAAUACAAGUUCCUUUAUCUACUAGUGAGCCCACCAUAACUUAUUCGUCAAUUUUCUUAGGCCGUUAAGCACUGGUAUUACUCUUUUCGUCUCUUUGGUUGUUAUAAUUCCUUUAUUUUCUUGCUCAUAUUGUGUUCGUAUGUGCAAAGUACAUAUCAGGUGUUGAAGUUAUUAGAGAGUUGCGAAAUAUAAAUGAUAUGUAUUAUAUAUUGUAUGUUGAUUCUCUAAAUUUUAUA